UAUGUUUGAGUUACUGAAAAUACUAAUGAGUAAUUUCCAGUACGACAUACCUAACGCCAGUGUCGCCAAUUGCGAUAUAUGGGGUCAACACGACUGGGCGCAUCCGGUUAAAAUAACAAUACAAAUCACACUUUCUACUUACUUCAAUCCGACCUUUGGGACUGGCAUCGAUCACAUCGGGUACAAUACCAUCAUCUCUAAAGGCCCGAUCAUUAUCACGCUCAUCCACAUACUCGUCCCAUUGAGCGUGAUAAAAAUUACCCGACACGGGUUCACCAAGCUUAUGAUCCAGAGCAAACUUGGUCAUAUUAAAACCCAACCUACUAGGAAUGGUAUCAUUUCGCACGAGACCCUUAAUACGAUUGGUCUGUUUGGUAAUAUACCGGUGAAGACCCGACCCUUUGCCCGGACCCGAACCUAUAAAUCCGGCCAAUAUAUCGCCAGCAGUUAUAUUAGCGUCAGCCAGUGCUUUACGCUGCGCAUAGUUGGGCUAAUACGGCUGGGCGCAUCAGGAUCAAUUGUAGCCAAUGUGUAUAGUGUGCCCGGAGUGACUGGCCAUUCUACCAAGGGUAGUUAUCAAUACACGGGACUAUUGCAUAAAGUUUUAGCUAAAUUUUAUGUAUUCUUUUAUGGCACUUUGAAAAAAGGUCAACCCAAUCAUCAUUUUAUGGCCAACGAUAUAGCGAAUGGACGGUGCGAUUACGUGUGCGGCGGCCAUACAGUAGACAAGUGGCCAUUAAUUAUAGCAUCAAAAUACAACAUCCCGUGUUUGUUAUAUAAACAGGGAUAUGGGAAACAAGUUUUUGGAGAACUAUAUUCGCUGGAUAUAAGUUUACUGGAAUUUUUAGACUAUGCUGAAUCCAAAGUAAUUCUAUAUAAACGUAAGGAAACACAAAUUGUUCGGUCAGAUAAUGGGACAAUAUGCAAGGCUUGGGUUUAUUUCAUCAUGGAAUUUAAGCCCGAGCUAUUGGACCGUGAUACUUUUGACUGCUAUGAUACCUAUGGCAAUCAUGGGUUACCAUUUGACGAGGCACAUGAUCCUGAACGUGAUGAAUAUGAUCCAAACACUGAUAUUGUUAAAAGAUUUUUAGUGUUUGUUUACGGAACUUUGAAACCAGGUCAGCCAAAUCAUUAUAUUUUAAAGGAUCCGGCUUAUGGAGUUGCUGAAUGGGUUUGCACGGCCGAGACUAAAGACAAAUGGCCCUUGUGUAAUCAAGAAUUGUUAAAUCUAGCUAUCGAU